AUGGCUCCACCUCAUAAGAAUCAUAAUUUCCGUCCAGAAAACGUUUUAAAACGUGCUGAAGAUUUAAUUGCUGUUGGACAAAAGGAAGCUGCUUUAGAUACAUUAUAUGAAUUAAUCACUUCAAAAAGAAUUCGUUAUUUACAAGUUCAAGAUUUAGAACCUAUUGCUAGUUUAUUAAUUGAAUUAGCUGUUGAAUUAAGAAAAGGUAAAUUAGCUAAAGAUGCAUUACAUCAAUAUAAGAAAAAUAUUCAAUUACUGGAAAAUGGAUUAGAAAGUGUUCAAACCAUUGUUCGUAAAUUUAUUGAUUUAGCAGAAAAGAAAUUAGAUGCUGCUCAAGCCAAAGCUGAUAUUAAAAUUGAUGAAGAAGAAAAUGCAGCAGCAGCAGGUGGUGAUGAUGAUUUAGAAACUGCUCAAACUCCAGAAAGUAUUUUAUUAAGUGCUGUUUCAAAUACUGAUUCAGCUGAUCGUACUGAAAGAGAAUUAGUUACUCCAUGGUUAAGAUUUUUAUGGGAAGCUUUUAGAGCUGUAUUGGAUAUUUUAAGAAAUAAUUCUAAAUUAGAAAUCACUUAUUCUGCUAUUGUUAAUCAAGCAUUUAAAUUUUGUUUAAAUUUCAAUAGGAAAGCUGAAUUUAGAAGAUUAUGUGAAUUAUUAAGAACUCAUAUGCAAUCAGUUACUACUCAAACUAAAACUACUGGUCAUAAUGCUAUUGAUUUAUCUGAUUCUGAAACUGUUCAACGUUAUUUGGAUCAAAGAUUUGCUCAAUUGAAUAUUGCUGUUAAAUUAGAAUUAUGGCAAGAAUCAUUUAGAUCAGUUGAUGAUGUUCAUUCAUUAAUUACUGCAUCUAAAAAAGCUCCAAAACCAAAUAUGAUGGCUAAUUAUUAUGAAAAUUUGGCAAGAAUUUUUGCUGUUUCUGAUAAUACUUUAUAUCAUGCAGCUGCUUGGAAUAAAUUUUUCAAUUUAUAUUCUCAAUCACCUUUAGCUACUGAUGAAGAAUUGAAAAGAUAUGCAUCAGUUUUAAUUUUAUCAACUUUAUCAAUUCCACAAAGAGUGGUUCAAGAUGUUGAUGAACAUAAAAGUAAAAAUUCUAAAUUAUCUUCAUUAUUAAAUUUAACUCAUGUUCCAACUAGAGAAGGAUUAAUUAAAUCAAUUAUAUCUAAAUCAAUUUUGAAAUUUGUUGAUGAACCAAUUCAACAAUUAUUUGAAUUAUUAGAAGGGGGUGAUUUCCAUCCAUUAUCAAUUAAACAAGAAAUUAGUCAACUUUUCCAAACUAUUGAAUCUGAUAAAGAAUUUAAAAAAUAUAUUCCAACUUUAACUGAAGUUAUUUUAAUUAGAAUUUUCCAACAAGUUUCUCAAGUUUAUGAUGCAGUUAAAUUAGAUUUCUUGAUUUCUUUAGGUAUUUUCCCUAAUUUAGAAUAUUCAUUAUCAGAAUUACAAGUUGAAGAUUUGAUUGUUAAUGCUGUUAAAGAUGAUUUAGUUUCUUUAACUAUUGAUCAUGAAUCAGGAGUCGUUUCAUUUAAAUCUAAUCCAUUUGAUGAAAUUGAUCAAGAAUUUGCUAAUGCUGGUACUGCAACUAAUUUUACUACAACAAAUCCUAUUAUUAGUUCUACUUCUAAAUUACAAGUUUCACCAGCUGAAUUGGUUCGUACUCAAAUUAGUAAAUUAGCUGCUACAUUAAGUGAAUCGAUUUAUUUGAUUGAUCCAAAUUAUGAAAUUCGUCAACAACAAAUUAAACAAGAAGCAUUACAACGUUGUAUUAAAGAUAUGGUUAAUGAACAACAAAAGAUUUCUGAUCGUUCCAAGAUUUUGAAAGAUCGUAAAAUUAUUGCUGAAAAACGUAAACGUGAAGAAGAAGAACGUCAAGCUAGAUUAAGACAAGAAAAAUUAGCUAUGGAACAAAAAUUAGAACAAGAAAGAUUAAUUGCUGAACAAGAACGUAAAAAAUUGGAAAAAUUAGAGAAAGAACGUGAAUUAAUUAAAGAAAAUGAAAAAAGGAAAAUUGCUGAAGAAAUUAAUGCUAAAGGGAUUAUUAAAAUUGAUUUAAAUAAUUUGAAAGAUUUAGAUACAACACAAUUACAAUUGAUGCAAAUUGAACAAUUAAAUAAAGAUAAAAAAGAAUUGGAUAAUAAAUUACAAAUCAUUGCUAAAAAAGCUGAUCAUUUAGAAAGAGCUUAUAGAAGAUAUGAAUUGAAUUUAUUAGAAACAGAUUUACAAUUUCAAUUAGAUUUAGAAAAGAAAGAUUAUGAAUCUAUGAAACAAUCUAAAAUUAAUAAAGCUAAAAAAGAUCAUGAAAAUGUUAUUGAAUUAAAGAAAAGAUUAACAAGGAUUUUACCUGAUUAUACUAAAUUUAAAUCAGAAAUUGAUGCUAAAAAUGAAGUUAAAUUGAAACAAUUACAAAAAGAAGCACAAAUUAAAUUGGAAAAAGCUAAACAAGAACGUAUUGAAUCAGUUAAAAAACAUCGUAUUGAAGAAUUAAAAAUUAGAAAAGAAAGAGAACGUAAAGCUGCUGCUGAAGAAGCAGCAAGAAAAGUUAAAGCAGCAGAAAUGGCUAAAUUAAAAGAAGAAUUAAGAAUUCAAAAGGAAAAAGAUGAAGCUUUAGCUAAAAAGAGAGCUGAAAUGGAAGCUGCUGCUGCCGCUGCUGCUGGUGGUACUACUACUACUGCUAGUGAUAGUGCCAGUGCUCCAUCAAAGAAGAUAAUGACAUUUGCUGAAAGAAUGAGAUUAAAGAGAGAAGGUAAAUUGCCAUAA